AUGGAUCCAAGCUUAUACCAACAACGCCAGCAACAGAACCGUGUUUCUUAUCCAUUCACUGGAAACCCUCAAGCGGGAUCAACUAAUGUCAUGGGUGUUGGUGCGUAUCCUCAACAGUACCUGUCAGCUAACAUGACAAAUAACGCAGGAUACUUGCAAUCCAGUAACGGCAUCAAUCCCAUGAUGCCCAUUUCUGGUCGCCCGGUAUACCCUGUACCUGUUGCCUCCAUGACAUCUAUGACAACUAACGGUAUGCCCGCAGCGAAACGAGUGGCCCUUGCACCCAACCCGCCAAUGCAAAAUGUGUUUUCAAAUAUUACACAAACCCCUGGCCAGAAUCAGCUUUAUGCGACUACUGGGGGCUUCCCUAGCCAACAAAUGAUGAGUGCUGGGAGGUCAACAGCACCUACACAGUCAUUUGUAAAUACCGAUAUUCAAAAUAUAGACGGAAAAAAUUCAAUAUCGAUGCAGGCUAAUACAUAUGCAACGCCAAUUCAAAAUAUAAAUAAGUAUUAUGGACAAUUUCAACAACAGACACCAACAAAGGCCAAUGCCAUAGCAAAUAAUUUUAAUAAUCUUUUAAAUCAACCUCAAUCUCCGCAUUCCCAACAAAAUCAAGCGAUGCAAAAUUCAAUCCAACAAGAUGACAGUCAAGUUGAUUGGUUAGAGUUAGGUGAUGAUGAUGAUAUAGUAUAUGAUUUCAAUUGUUCGAAUGAAGCUUCUAGUAGCAUUGGAGGCAACAUGCAUAACUGGAAUUCCAAUUCGUUGCAAGGUAAUUUGCACUAUCCAUCUCAAAAUUCAUCAAAGUCAUAUCCGACAAUUAAUAAUAACAUUCAGCGGGAUGAUUCUAGUUUCAACUUUUCUACUAUUACUCCUGGUACCGUAACAUCAAGUGGUAUUUCACAAAAUUUAUCACCAAAAAGCAUUCAAUACAAUUCAAUGGGAAUGCUUCCUAGAUCGCCAGAUUCUAUCAUCUCAUCAAAUAUGGUAGCCGACUCAAGUUCCCAGUCGGUAUUGUACAAUCAGAGCCAAUCUAUUAACCUCAACCAACAACAGACGGCGACUCAAAUUGGACAAUAUAAUAAGAUCGCAACAAAAGAUCAUACUGGUUCGAAUUCGAUUAUUGGAAGUUAUCCUCAGCCGUCUGCACAGUCGUCAAUAUCUACUGAAUUAUCCUCGACAUCUAGCAUUCAAAAUGCAGUGAUUGACUCAUACAAACAAUCACCACAAACAACUGUAGAUUCUUCUACAGUAGCGUCAAUUAAAUCUAAUACGUUAAUGGGGCAUAUAGAAUCAAUGCAACGAACACCACCGCAAGCACAAGAAAAUCAAACCGAAAAUACACCCAUCACGAAUAUAAUGGAAAACCAGAACUUGUAUACUUCUAAUGUCCAAAUAACGAGUUCCACAUCAACAAUUAGCGCCAAAGAUGAUGAUGAUCUUACCAAUUCUUCUAAUCCUACAAAUUUUCCUCAGCAAUCGCAACAACAAAACAAACAAACAUUUAACUCUUUUCAAAAUGAUAAACCAAAGACCGAAAAUCAUGUAGAAAAUUCGAGCAUUUCCAACAAUUUGGCACAGAAUUUGCGUUUGCCCGUAAACACAGGGAUAGCUGGACGUAGAAUAGGUAAUUCACGCCAAGUUUCCCGACAAUCUGAGAAGUCACCUGUCACCGCGCCACCCCCGGUGACAUCUUCACAAUCACCUAAUCCAGCGGUGCCAACAAAAAAUGCCGUUCCUAAGCCUCCAAAGGUCAAUUACUCUCCAAAGAUACGUCGCGUCGAAAGUCAUGGAGGGCUCGAUUUGAAGGUCUUUGAGAAAUUUUCAUUACCAUUACACUUACCUGGUAUUCAGGACUUAGGUGCCGUUGACAUACACGCACUCAAAAUGUCUUUAAAAUGCGGCAUGAAAUUGGAAGUUACCAACGCAUUAAAUACUUUAACCACACUCUCUUAUUAUCGCAAUGCCUUAAUAGAUUUAAAACUGUGCGGAGAUUUGUUGGAUAUAUUGUUUGAUAUGAUAUUGGAAUAUUUAGAUUACGUUUCACCUGAAUGUACCGAAGAGAACUUAGAUGAGAACAUUAUAUCCCGAAGAAAAUUCAAACCGUAUCGACAAUUAUACCAAAUUUCUAAACAAGAAUGUGAAGAAUUUUCUGAGGCAGCAUAUGAACCAUCAAGUUUCUCAGAAGAAUGCUUACCUUCAUGCGAACAAUGUUGGUGUAUAACCAAUGUAAUAAGGAAUUUUUCGUUUAUUUACGAGAACCAAGAACACCUGGCAACACAUCCAAGAUUACUGUCUGUACUCAUGAGGAUUCUAUAUAUGGGAGAAGAUGAUAGUUACCAUGAAGAAAAAACGAAAAAAACGCCAGAAACCAGUGACAAUCAAACGAAGAGAGUUCGUAAACGGGCCUAUGAUAUUUUAGAAUUACGCAAGAGUGUUUUAAUAAUCUUAUCGAACAUUGCAGCCUAUCUCCCAUUAUCAUCGAUAUACCUCACAAAGGAUUUAUUAAUGGUAAUUGCCGACUUUCUGGAUUGUUCGGAUGAAUAUUAUGCACAAGUGGCUUUGGAAGUCUUUUCAAAGAUAUCUGUAUCAUACGAAAAUAGACUACGAAUUGGUGGGUGUGACGAAAUUACAUUAACAACCGUUUUCGAAAAAUUAGUGACGAUGUUAUCUCAUGGAGAAGGUGGUAUUGGAUUAGGCGGUUUUAGGGGAAUGAUUCCUCGUUCUUUGGCACAAGAUUUACCUUACAUUGCGACUUUAGUGAUGGCCUAUUUUAAUUUUGCUCAAUUAAGUGGGGAAGUAAUGAGGAAAAAAAUGGUUUCUACACCAGGAUUCAUAAGUCGAAUACUUAAAUUAUCGAUGAAUUUAGGCUGCAUUCGUCCUGGAAGUAGCAAUGAUGAAGAUUGCAUUAUGUUGGCAAGAAGAGCUAUGGAAAUGCUUAAGGUGUUGGCAAAAGGAAAUGAAGAGAGUUUUCUUGUAUAUACUGAACAAUUAUUAGAAGCUUUAUUAAGCCCGUACAUAGAUCGUGUAGUUAUUAAAGAUCUGGAAGCAAUAAUCUACCCCGGUGAUGUAUGA